AGGAGGUCACCCACUGGGAAGAGGUUUUCAUCAACCAAGUGGGAUCCAACAGAUGUACGAUGGCUCCUACCAAGGCUCCUACAACAACAGUGUCCACCACCAAGUCAAAGCAACAAAUCCUUAUUCAGAGUUCAGGCGCCAUGAUCGCAAUAAUCGUCAUCGGCAUCAUAAUUAUCCUGGCCAUACUGCUCAUCAUACUGAAGACAUACAACAGGAGAACUCACACAUCACGGGUGCUUGGCAAGAACACCAGUAAACCCAGAACAGCCAUUAACUCCACGUCAACGAUGCAAACUAACCUGCAGAUGAGUAACUUACGAGGAAGCAACGGCGCAGGAGACUUCGGCCGUUGGUCGGACACCUCGGAGAACACGUUCCGUAUACCCAGAGCAGAGCUUCCGAACAGGGAGCCGAACCUGCAAGAGGAGUUAAACUCGAGUCCACAGGUCAACGGGUCGACCGUGGUCACAAUACACACCACGCCAACGACGAUCGGAAACACGUAACACGUAAUAAGUUAAAGGACAGUUGUGCAUAGCAUGAGAGUAAAAAAGCCCACCAGAAAGACCACAUUUGACAGAUUCUGGUUGACAGGACACACAUUGUCAUGCUGUGCUACAUACGAGGACCACUGAGGACCUUUAGCGUCCAUUACGGCUCUGUGAGCACUUUCACCACAUUAAAGGACCUGAUGCUGGUUGUAUAAACCACUUGACACUAGUGAUCGUUCCACACUAUAAUGUUAGUUAAUCGGCCUAGGAAGGGCCUUACAAAGUGCCACAACUGGCAUAUGACUGAGUAAAUUAAUGUAUAUAUGUACGUGUUUGAUAUUAUUUGUCGAUGGAAACUGUUUCUAUUGCAUUAAACAAGAAGGAGU